AUGAGAAUUAGCAGGUCCAAGACAGAAUAUCUCACCACAGAUAUAGAUGGCGACCAACUAGCCACAUUAAAGCUAGUUGGAGAGAACUUGAAAAGAGUUCGAACCUUUAAAUAUCUAGGUUCAGUGGUCGAUGAAAUGGAUAAGGAAGUUCAUUUCAGAAUUCAGAGUGGAUGGAAUAACUGGAGAGUGUCAGGAGUGUUGUGCGAUAUAGGAGUCCCAAUUAGACUCAAAGAAGCAGCACCACUGAAGAAGUUAGAAGAAAAGAAGUUGGACGUAGCUGAGAUGAAGAUGUUGAGUUGGAUGGUUGGAUUCACAAGGACUACAUCAGAGGUACAGUGGAAGUAG